GUGUAAUGGCCUGUCAGCUCAGCAAAGCAUGAGAGUUUGUGCUGCCUACGGGUCGGGAGCGAGUGUGUUUCUACUAAUCCUGCUUUGGCGAUCGGCUUUGAUUUUUUGUGAACUCUGACGUAUCUGUUGUAAGGGCAGCUCACCAUGAGCUGGGCAAACUGGGAGGAUGCUCUUCUGUGCUGUGCUUUUGUACGUUAACAGAAAGCUGACUGCUGCUGUGCUGCCCAAACCCCGGAGAGGUUGCAGAAUUCAAGAGCGAAGAACACCUCUAGGUAAUUUCUUUUUUAUAGGUGACUUUAUCUGAGGUAAAGAAAAGCAUUGGUAUAAAACAGCCUUUCAAAUAACGGCAGUCGUUUACUUGCUGUGUCAGCGAUACGCCCGAAAGAAAAGGCAUGCUCCGUAACCCACAUUUCAAAGGUCACGGUGCUACCGCUCCAGGCAUCUGGAAAUCACCGUUGGAGCCAGCGUCAUGGCUGGUUUGAAGAUUUGGUCUGUUUUGCUGGUUAUAUUGUGCUAUUGCUGUCAAAGAUGUAUCCCAAGUGGAAUUUCAACACAUGUUGAAAUAGCACAUAGAGCUCUGGAAUUUUUCACUAGGCGUGAAGGGAAUGUUAAUUAUAGACAGUUAUUACUAAACCACCAAGAUGCAUUUCAGGCUGGGAGUAUUUAUCCUGAUGCCUUUUAUCCUAUGAUCUGCAAAAGAGGAAUAUUCCAUGAUGUGUCUGAAGAUACUCACUGGUCACCAUUUCUCAGCGCAAGUAUUCACUACAUCAGAAGGAAUUACCCUCAGCCUUGGGAAGAAGCUACAGAGAAGCUGGUGGCUUUCCUGUUUGGAAUUGCCUCACAUAUGGUGGCAGACGUUAGCUGGCAUAGCCUGGGCAUCGACCAAGGAUUUCUCAAGGCCAUGGGAGAAAUUGAUUUUCAUGGUUCAUACUCAGAAGCUCACAAUGUUGGCGAUUUUGGAGGAGAUGUAGUGAGUCAGUUUGAGCUGGACUUCAGUUAUCUGGCAUCGAAUUGGUAUGUGCCAGUCAAAGACCUAGCAGCUAUCUAUAAGGAAUUUUAUGGAAAAGAGAUCAUAACUGAAAGCACAAUUACUGACUGUACUUACCUGCUGUUUCUUGAACUGUAUGGAGAAAGGCUUGCUGUUAGCAGGCUUUUUUCAACAUAUGCUAGUAAAUCUCCGUUUCUGGUGGAGAAGUUCCACGAGUAUUUCCUGGGAGGAGUGGACGACAUGGCGUUCUGGACAAACAAUAUUUUUGAGCUGACGAGCCAUAUGCUGGAGAGUGGAACCAGUGGCUGCUUCCUGCCCGAGAACCCUCUGUUUAUAAACUGCACAAGCGAGCACAAGGUCAGCUACGUAAGCAAACAGUCAAAACACGAACAUCAGAAAAAUGCGACUUCUUUGCUUACAAAAACACUUGAAAAGAAUAUCAGUUUUACAGAGAGAGGAGUUCAGUUCAACAUGCAACCUUGGGCAACAAAUUCCCUCCGCUUGCUAAACCGUGAUUUUGCAACCAAUGUCUGGAGAGCAUUAGCAGCAACACCUUGGAAAUCUUCUAAGCACAUCUCCAAGCCAUCAGCUUCAUAUUUUCUGACUUCACCCUACGCUAGACUUGGAUGGGCAGUGACCUCAGCUGACCUGGACCGGGACGGGUACGAGGACCUGGUGGCUGGAGCGCCAGGGUACAGCACGCUGGGCCACGUUCAGCUAGGGCGGGUGUAUGUCAUCUACGGCAACCAGUCAGGUUUGCCGCCAGAGGACAUGGAUCUGGAUGAGAGAGCUGACCAAGUGCUCCAGGGUCAUCAGCCUUCAGGAAGAUUUGGUUCUGCCUUGGCCAUCCUGGACUUCAAUGUGGAUGGAGUGCCAGAUCUGGCAGUUGGAGCCCCUUCUGUGGGAUCUCAGUUUCUUACUUACAAAGGUGCUGUGUAUGUCUAUUUUGGCACUGAGGGAAGAGGCUUGGCAUCUCAGCCAAACGUUACCAUAACUUGUCAGUAUUCCUACUGUAAUCUUGGUUGGUCCCUCCUGGCAGCUGAUGUUGAUAGAGAUGGAAAUGCUGAUCUGGUUGUGGGCUCUCCAUACGCACCUGGUGGUGGGCAGCAGAGAGGAUUUGUGGUUGCAUUUUACUCUUAUUUCAACAGGAGUGACCGAGGACUUUUGUCAGUACAGGAUGCCAACUGGAUGGUAACAGGGGAAGAAAACUAUGCUUGGUUCGGAUUUUCGCUUGGCAGCUGCCAGCUGGAGGACGUAACAUUGCUGCUGAUCGGUAGCCCUACAUGGAAGAAUUGUUCCAGCUGCAAUCCCUUCUCAUCGGCUGUGGGACAGAGCGUCGGGAAGGUGUAUGGCUAUAACCCCCCAAGCACAAAGCGCUGGUUUGCAGUGACUGGAGACAAGGCGAUGGGCAGAACGGGUUUGUCUCUGGCCAGCGGUGUGAUGUCUGUGGCUGGGAUCACAAGGACAGUUUUGGUGGUGGGUGCCCCUACUGCAGACAGCCUGUCCAGGAUUUCAUUUAUAUCCUCGGUGCUGCACCAGGCUGGCCUGGCUCUGGUGUACGACCUGGCAGACAGCACCAAGCCUUCUUUGCUCAGCACCUUCAGUGGGGACAGGAGGUUUUCUCGCUUUGGAGGAGAUGUAUACUUGAGUGACCUGGAUAAUGACGGACUAGAUGAAAUGAUUGUGACAUCCCCGCUGCGAACGAACGGUAUCACCACGGUACUGUUCAGCGGGGCGGCUGGCCGCGUUUAUAUCUACAACGGAAAGCAGGCAUCCACCGGGAACGUGACAAGCCACUGCAAAUCAUGGGUAUCUCCCUGUCCUGAAGACUGGGCCCAGUAUGUCCUGAUUUCUCCUGAGGAACUAUCAAGAUUUGGGAGUUCUGUUAUCACUGUGAAAUCGGAAAGAAAGAAGGAAGUUGUAGUGGCAGCAGAGAGAAGCUCGGCGAGAGCCCGGCUGGGCGGCCGGCUUUUCGUCUACUCGCUCUGAAUGGGCGCGGCCGGUCUGGUGCUGGAGAAUCUCCGUAGCGUCUGCGAUACUUUCCUUCACAAACCAACGACCCCAGGACAGUGAGCUUUUGCCAGAGGGAUGUCCCAGGCAGCUGGCCAGGGGCCUAGAGGGCACUAAGGGAGGGAUGGGCACUGUUUUUAAGUGAAAGGGAAUAUGGGCCUUCCUGGUGGUUUAACUUACAAACCAGCCAAAGCUAUGUCAGCCAUGUAAAAGCACAAAUUACUUCUGUUGUGAGCAGCAGCAUCACUUAACCUACAACAAACUGGUCUGAAAGCCUUUGAGAGGCCACAAUGAGCGGGCGGGUGGACUUCUGGCAGUAAUACUCGGCUGUGUAAGGAAUAUUCAGUGGUCACCUUCUUUACUGGUCAGGGUAUUUACUUGACCAAACCGGGGACAAGUAGCAUGUAACUUACAGCUCCUUGUAUGCAGCGACACAGACGGGGAUUCCAGGUGGCAGCAGGACUGCCUCCGCCUCCAGCAAGCCUCACAGCGGGCGCGCAGGCUGCGGAACAGCCGGGCUCUCCCAGAGAGAAAAAGCACAAGCAAGACUGGUUACGUUUAAGGAAAUGCUUCUGCUUUCGCACUCGUGGCUGACACUAUUCUGACACCCUUUCUUUGUGUUUUCAUGUAAAAUUCCAUGACCAUGGUAACUUAGAAUUGUUAACAGCUUUUAUUAUUAACAGUAUUGUCUUCAGCUAAUUAACACUAAUUUUGUAUGAUGCAGGUUUAACAGUGUGCAUCAAUUACCUAUUAAACAACUUGAGCAGCAA